AUGUGGAUAGAGUCAACGUUUCUUCAGGGUCCUCGCUUCCUGGGGUCGCUGCUCCUGGCUCUCACUCUCCCGCAAGCCAUCCCCGUCGAUGCGGCUGCCAUACAAGAAGUCUUCCAGAAAUCCACGCCGGGCCAUGUCGGUGGCGUCGCCAGUGAGAGCAGAGAAUGCAGCGCCAUAGGGAGAGACUUGCUGGCGCGAGGGGGUAAUGCCGUUGACGCCUUGGUUGGGACGACGUUUUGCGUCGGCGUUGUUGGCAUGUACCACUCGGGCAUUGGCGGCGGAGGCUUUGCCGUGCUUCGCGAUGCCAACGGCGAGUAUGAGGCCAUCGACUUCAGAGAGGCUGCGCCGGCCGCGGCCUUUGAGGACAUGUACAAGAACAACGUCAGCGCAAGCGUUCGCGGCGGACUCGCGGUGGGCGUUCCCAGCGAAAUCAAAGGCCUUGAGUACAUGCACUCCAAGUAUGGCGUCCUGCCGUGGAAGACGGUCAUGCAAGGAGCUAUUCACGUAGCCCGCAAUGGAUUCCGAGUUUCAAAGGAUCUCAUACGUUACAUGGGCAAUACUUUCAAAGCCGACGGAGAGACCUUUCUUACCAAGGAUCCCAACUGGGCUACGGACUUUGCCCCUGAUGGUGACUUGGUCAAAGAAGGUUCUUGGAUGACGCGGAAACGCUAUGCAGAUACUCUUGAAAAGAUUUCCGAACACGGCGGAGAAGUCUUUUAUUCUGGGAAAAUGGCCAAAACCAUAGUUGACUUCAUCCAAAGCACCGGUGGAACAAUGACCCUGGAGGACAUGGCAAAUUACAAGGUUAUCUCUCGUCCCGUCCACAACGUCACAUAUCGAGGCCUCGUGCUCCACGGCAUUGGAGCUCCCGCCGGCGGGACAGUCAGUCUCCAGAUUCUCAAGAUCAUGGAGCGUUACAACGCGCAAGACUGGUCCGAUCAAGAUCUGUCCCGCCACCGCCUUACCGAAGCCAUGCGUUUUGCCUAUGCUGCUCGAAUCAGCCUCGGCGACCCAGAAUACGUAGACGACGAUGUGGAGGGCUUUGAAAGGGAAAUGCUCGACUCCAAGAACAUUGAUGCUAUCCAUGAGAGAAUCUGGGACAACCAGACACACGCAGCCAAGUACUACAACCCGAAGAAGUUUUAUGUACCCGAGAACCAUGGCACUUCGCACAUUGCAGCCGCCGACAAGUCUGGCAUAGCCGUAUCCCUAACGACAACCGUUAACCUCCUUUUCGGAGCCGAGAUUGUUGAGCCUGAAACCGGCAUCAUUUUGAACAACGAAAUGAACGACUUCUCCAUUCCCGGCGUCAGCAAUGAAUUCGGCUUUGCCCCCUCCGUCGCAAACUACAUCCGCCCCAACAAGCGCCCUCUCUCCUCCAUCACCCCCAUCAUCGCUGCCUUGCCCAACGGCACUCUCUACGCCGUCAUCGGCGCUGCCGGCGGCUCCCGCAUCAUCUCCGCCACCGCCCAAGUCCUGUGGCACAUUCUCGACGAGCACGAUGACACUCUGGCGGGAGCUCUAGAGCGACCUCGUCUACACGACCAGCUCAUGCCGAACAAGGUUUUGCUCGAGGAAAUGUUUGACGACGAGGUAGCCGCGGGGCUGGAGAAGAGAGGCCAUAAUGUGAGCUGGGUGCGGCCAACGCUGAGCUCUGUACAGGCUGUGAGGCGGUUCACGGAUGGUUUGUUCGAGGCGGCGAGCGAGCCUAGGCAGAAGAACAGCGCGGGAUAUACCCUGUAG